AUGGCGAAACUGUUCAUUGGUGGAUUGGCCUGGCACACCACAGACGAGACAUUGCGUGAGGGUUUCGCUCCAUUUGGAACGGUUGAAGAAGCGGUCGUCGUCAUCGAUCGUCAGUCACAGCGCAGUCGAGGAUUUGGAUUUGUCCGAUAUGCAGAGCAAUCUGAAGCUGAAGAAGCCAUCUCAAAGAUGAACAACGUCGAAUUUGACGGUCGCACCAUCCGAGUCGAUCAUGCCGAUCCAAGCAAUCGAGCCCCAAGAGUCGGUCAAGCUCCUAAUGCCGGAAGAUAUGGUAACCAGUACGAAGGAAGCAUGGGUGGCAGAGGCUGGUCAUCUCAAAAUGAGGGAGGUCCUAGUAGCCAAGGUGGUCGAGGCUGGGGUGGUCAGAACGACGGCGGAUUUGGCGGCCAAGGCAACUUCGGCGGCGCAUCGUAUGGGGGUGGUCGAGGAUAUGGAGGAGGAGUUGGCGGUGGGUACGGACAGCAGCCUGGAGCCUACGGAAGUGGAUACAACCCACAGAGUCAAGGCGGCGGGUACAGCCAGCAAGGCCAAGGUGGUGGGUACAAUCAACAAGCCCAGGGUGGUGCAUAUGGUCAGCCACCCCAGGGCAACAAUCCCUACGGACAGCAAGGUGGUUAUGACCCUCAGUCUCGUUCUUGA